GCACGUCUCAUUUGAACGCCAAACGUCGAGGCAAACGGACGCACGCCGGCUCGUCGAAGUGGUUGUUACUUUCAAAUUUCGUAUAUUCGAGCGCGCAUAUUGAAAACCAAGUGCUCGAUCGUGUGAACAGUGAUAUUAAAAAUAUAUAUGCGGGAUAGAGAUACCUUACCUUGUGCCAUAAUAAUAAUACCAGCAGGAUAUCUAUAUUUUCUCGGUGCUGAGUGGAAAGCGAUGUGCAGUGCUCGUUCAUAAUAAGUGUAAGCGGAGACAAGUAAACUAAAAGCGAUAAGGUUACAGAUGUCCUAAGCGUACAUAAACACACACACGCGUACAUAGGCUGUCUAGAAGGAUUCCAAAGGGGCCUGGUGACAUGUAACUGGAUCUGGAUACAUGUUGGCUCCUAAGACAACAGCCCGCUCCUUUGGUCGCACUGCAGAAACGGGAGCAACAAAAGCGAGACACCGGAUCGUAUUCACCACGUCAACGGAGCGAGUGUGCAGCUAAUGCUAAUGCCAGCUCCUGCAGCUAGCUUGCCACAUCGCCAGCAGCAGCAACAACUAUUGCAGGUGCCCCUGCAGGUGCCUCAGUUGCACAGGAAGUGCAGGACAAAGAGACACCUACGCCGGACGACAGGCCACCUGACAGCGAAGCAUGGCGGUGAUUAAUAAAGCCGGAAAUGUGAUUGCCCUCCUGGUUAACCUCCAGGUAAUCCUGCUGUUCUCGGUGUCAGUUUCCGGAGAGUUGCCGCAGCUGGACUACGGCAGUUUGUCCGCCUCCCUGGAGGAGGAUGCAAUUGAUCCCCUAACGGCGAUGGCUCCUUUUGCCAACUCCUUGGUCACCGAGGAGACGGCGCCGCACAAAAACAACGUGGAACUGUUGGGUAACAGUAGUGAGGAUGAAAAUGCCAGGCCGCCACAUGGAUCCUCCUCGUCGGGAUCAUCGAGUGCGGCUGCUGGAGCGGGUAUACUCCUCGAGGAGUUCAACACUGGCAAACUGAGUCCCGGAGAGGCCAGUAAUACGUUACCCAUUUUCCUCAUAGAACCAGAAAGUGUGUUCGUGGUCAAGAACCGGCCAGCUGUACUCAAGUGCAAGGCCUCCCAUUCGCUGCAGGUGAUCUUCAAGUGCAGCGGCAGUUCGCAACCACCACCGUCGACGCACGAAACCCACGUGGAUCCGCAUACAGGGGUCAACAUGGAGGAGGUGACCGCCACCAUUCACCGCGACCUGGUGGACGAGUUCUUUGGGGACGGGCCCUUUAAGUGCGAGUGCCACGCCUGGUCGUCACGUGGCGUGGUCAAGAGUCAGGCGGCCACCGUCCACAUUGCCUAUAUUCGCAAGUCCUUCAACCAGUCGCCCACCUCACUGCGCCUGGAGCUGGGCAGUCGGGCGGAACUGCGUUGUGAGCCACCCGGCGGUUUCCCCGAACCGAAGCUCACCUGGCACAAGAACAACGCGGUCAUCACUGCGGACAGUGAACCGGGGAUCAGCGUUUCGGCCGGCACGCUCACCUUCCGCCAGGUGGCCCUGCAGCACAUGGCCAACUACAGUUGCAGUGCGGAGAAUAUCGCCGGCAGACGGGUCUCCGAUUCCGCCGUGCUCAUCGUUUAUGUUAACGGUGGCUGGAGCACCUGGAGCCCGUGGCGGGAGUGCAAGUGUGCGGGCAAGCCCAGCCAGGGAAGGAAGCGUUCGCGCACCUGCAACAAUCCGAUGCCGUUGAAUGGGGGUGCCCAAUGUCCGGGCCCCCAGAUCCAGAAGUCCGCCGACUGUGCCGCAUGUCCAGAGGACACUCAAAUCGUGAGCCCUGAUGGAUUUGACAUUUCGUCGAGUAAGCGCAUGGCCCGCUGGUCGGCGUGGAGUGACUGGAGCAUCUGCUCCGCGGAGUGCAUUCAAGUGCGUCGCCGGAAGUGCCUGACUCAGGGCCAGACUCAGAUUUCCGAAGCAGAGGAAGCCGGUGAUCUGCUCCUGGGUGCCGGAGUGGGCAUGGCCGCCCUCAUCGCUGCAGGAGGAGGAGGAGGAGGAGGUGUAGGAAGCCCCAGCGAAGCAACUGGCUCCAGUUCCGACAAUAUCCCAGGAUAUGGCAAAUCAUUGUGCGCCGGAAAAGACAUACAAACGGCCGAAUGCCGCGGCGAACAGUGCCAGAUUGGCAAGGAUGAUUUCGAUUGGACCCUCUAUCUGGGACUGGCCUUCAUAACCGCGGUGUGUUUCGCCUUUGGGACCGCGCUCAUCUGCUGCGCCCGCCGUGGCAUCCGCACCAAUCCCCAUUACAACAUGGCCCGUUCAGUAAUGGACGCGGAUUAUAUGCCCGGUGUUGUGGAAAAGAAGGAGAUGCGCAUGCACAUCGAGGCCAACAACAUGGGAUACGAUUACGUCAAUCCCGGACAUCGUUAUUUGCCUGGCGAACACAUCAUGGGCAUGGGCAUUGGAUGUGGAGGCGUCACCGAGCACCACUACGAUGUGCCCAAUCUGUCCGCCAACUACACCAAUCCCAUAGACCAUCUGAGCGUAGAUUAUCUGUCCGAGACGGGAGAAUCCUCCACUGCGGAUACCUCCAACUCCACCUUCGAUAUGAACGGCAAGCUGUCCAUACUUAACGCCUCAAAGAGCAGCAGCUAUGAGCUCCUGGGAAGCGCUGGAGGACAGCUGCGUCUUUACGGCGGCGAGUUGCUCCUCUUUGUGCCGGAGCAUGCCAUUGGGAAGCACCUAAAGAAGCAUGUUUCUCUCCUCCUGCUGAGUGACGAAUGCAGUCGCGUUUCCUGCGCCACCGAAAGCUCCAUUCUGUGCAGCAGUGUGGUUCACAGUGCCCCUCGAAACUAUAGCUUUGUGAAACCGGUGAUCCUAAAGAUUCCUCAUUGUUUGGUGGCUCCGGAACAGUGGCAUGUUCACAUCUACCACGCAGACAGCGAACACGAUGAGCUGAGUGUCAACUGGAGACGCGCGGUGUCCGUCGGCGAGGAGACAAUUAACACACCUAUGUUUGUUCAGCUAGAGGCGACGCAUGUGUUCAUUAUGACGGAGCAGCUGGGUCACUUCACCGUGGUAGCGGAACCGAGGGUUCAGCAGCCCUCGAUCAAGAUGAAGCUGCUGGCCUUUAGUCAACAUACUCCACCUAGCAGUGCUAACUGUAGUUUACGGAUCUACGUGGUCAAGGACUUCCCCAAUAGCCGGGAUAUCUGCGCCAAUGUGGAAGCCAAGCUAGGUGGCAGUUUCCUCGGGGAGAGCCAGGUCUUUCCCUUUACGCUGAAUAACAGAAAUCUUAACAUCCGAGUAAGAAGCGCGGAUGUGGAGGCAGCUGCUCCCUAUGAACAUGCCAUACCCUACCAGCACAUUCUCAGCAACAACUCAAUCCUGCACUGCGAGUUCAGCUUAAGAAGACAGGAUCAGAACACCCUGUGCGUGGACUUCGGUCAGGGUAACGAGGAUGACUACUACACCUUCAACAUUCCAGCCCACUCUAUGAGCGGAUCGGCGGAGGAGCUGGCCUCCACCACAAAUACCACCAUCUCCAUUGACCGCCAGGGCAACUAUGUGAACGAGAGCUGUGUGAUGGAUUUUGUCCAGCUUCCCCAUGCCACGAAGCGUUUGAUCUGCGCCGCCUUGGAUCCUCCUCGGGCCGACGAGCGGGACUGGCGAUUGCUGGCCAAGAAGCUAAAUACGGACCGAUAUAUUGCCUACUUUGCCACCAAAGCCUCGCCCACCGAACAGAUCCUAAAUCUAUGGGAAUGUCGGGCGAAUAGCAGCCCCGGUAAUAGUUCCAACUCGGUUUCGCACACGAUAAUGGCGCUCCUGCUGACGCUCAAGGAGAUGGGUCGUCAGGAUGUGCUGGACAUCAUAGUAGAAACAAUUGGCCCGCUGUGGAUUUAAGGAGGACAAGGUUAAGGAAAUAUCCUUUUAGGCAGCUCCAUCCCAAAGGAAUUUGGCGGAAGUGGUAACUAAACCUAAAAGCUUUAAACGAGGUCAACUUUUGAGAAAUUCCAUCUCCGCCAAAUUCAAACAAACAAAAAACGAAAGGAGUGUUAGAAGUCUAUCAAACUAAGCGUUGAUUUUCUCUGUUGAGUUUUUAAAAGUUUUCCCAGCUUCACCUAUCUUCUCUCUGUUUCCAGUGACAAAUCCUAUUUGUUUCCAAAGAUAACUUAACCAACAAACAUCUAACACCUAAGAACUGAACCACCUGCAAAAAGUUUGUUAAUGUAAGAUGGGAAAAUCAGCGUGAGGCCCAUGGUCCCUUGUUGUUGAAAACAAAAAUGUUCAUGAGUUGCCUUUUAUUUACAAAAUGUAUGAACGACGCGAACGAAAAACGUAACGAAAUCUGGAAAAAUUGGAAUCGAAAUGACAACAAAAAAAAAGAAAAGAUAUUGAAUCAAAGUGUAGCUGUAGUCAUAGUCACUAAGUUACUGUAGUGUUGUGUUCUAAGGUAACUUGCUCAACGAACUCUGUUCCCUAUGGGUGCCAUGCAUUUUAUACACUAAACAGGAAGGAAUGUAGCGUUUAAUUAUACUUGUGGCUUAGCAAACUUAUAGUUUUAAACACUAAACUCUAGUAUUACGAUGAUUGAUGAUGAUGAUUGACAAACUGUUUGUGUACGAUACGACAGCUGUAAGAUACGAGCACAUCUGGGGGCAGUAGGCCAAAAUAUAUAUAGAGUAAGUUAUGGCCAACUAUGAAAGACAACCGACAAACAUUUGAAUGCGGGAGUUGUAAACUGUUUGCCAAAUCGUUGAAUUUCUCAGACGACUCUGGUUACGAUUAGUCACUAAAGAUGAGCAGCAUUUAGUAAUCAAAACUAAGCCAUAGCACACAUAUACCCGAAAGUAUGUAGCCUCUCAAAUUAUAUAUAAAGCGUACCCGUAUAUGUAUAUUUAGAGUACGAUCUAGUAAUAGUUAUAAAAACAGAACAACAAAACGAGUAGCUUGUUAGACAUACUCAAGUGAUAACCUUUGUAUUUGUCUUUAGUUGUAAGUCUGAUCCUGUCGUUUAAUCGUUAAUCAAGUAAGCAUUUACAGAACAAUGACGUAUACUUAGUGGCUCAAACGAAAAGUUAAAUUAAAUAAAAACUGCAACAAUAA